GCGGCUUGACGCGGCUGCGGCAACGUGGAUCAACUGGAUUUUGACGUCGAAAAGGAGGGAAGAAGUUGACUCGGCUGAUUUUAUUUAAGUUGCCCCCCUCUCAACAGGACAGCCGGAUGAAAUGACUGACCUGGUGGUUUCCUUGGCGGUGUUGGGGGUCGCCGUGCUCCUCAGCGAGGCGAUCCGCCGGACAGCUGCGCGGUGUUCGCCCGGCGCGUACCGGAUUUACCUGCUGGAAGCGGCGUCCACCUUCCAGCUCUGUUGCUGCACACAUGAACUAAAGCUGCUAGGUGAGACUGCCCGGCUGGAGCUGCCGGUCAGCCUGACCCUCACGUACACCAUGACGGUUAUACAUUUAACCUCUUUCCGGGGAGCCUCAUGUAAUCCCAGCGGAGCUCUGGAGAGCGUCUGCCGCGGCACCAGCGGCGCCCGGGCAGCUGUUCUCCUCAUAGCCUGUCAGUUCGGAGCUGCCGUCGCGGCGCAGUACUUCGCAGCCUCCGUGUGGACUCUGGGUCUUUCUGACGUCCACGUUAACCACCAGAAGUUCGGGUUCAGAUGCUUCGACCCCCUGGGGGGCACUCUAUUGGAGGCCGCGGCCGUGGAGCUGGGCUGUGCUUUCACCGUCCAGGCUGCAGCCAUGCAUGUUCACAAAGUGGACGAAAAACUUCGCGCUAACUUCAUCGCUGCGGUCAUCACCGCGAUGGUUUACACAGGUGGAAGUAUCUCAGGAGCUGUUUUUAACCCCGUGCUGGCCUUCUCCGUCCAGUUCCCCUGCAGCGGCCACACCUACCUGGAGUACUGCUUCGUGUACUGGCUGGGACCAAUUCUGGGCGUGGCGAGCUGCAUCCUGCUGUUCGAGAAGAUCAUCCCUUUCCUGUCCGGGAAGAGUACCGUUGGACUGGACGUCCCCGCUGCCGCCCCGAAGCAGAAGACGCAGUAGAAGAAGAGCAGCACACACCAAAGUGAACCUUCAGUCAGUUUGUGGGUCUCUUAAAAGUCUUUUGUGUUUCUUCACAAGUGUGUGUGAACGUGCCAACGCUUCAAUGGUGAAUCUUAUUUGACUCUCAGUGAGGC